AUUCUCGCUGUCUAGUGACUUGAACUUUUCCCCUGCAGCUCGUGGAGUCUCGCUGUCACUAUUGUGCCGUUUCUUACAGUGAACUUGGACACUGUGGACCAUGUGCUGCUCCAGAGAUAGCUGAGCUGACAGACCGAAGACAUGACCAAGCUGAGGCCCAAAGCAGAGAGCCAGGGCGAGGGUCCUGAUGGGGGCUAUGGUUGGGUGCUGGUGGGCGCGCUGUUCGUCAGCACCAGCCUCGUGUUCGGCCUGAUGAGAAGCUUGGGGAUAUUCUUUGUGGAGUUUGUUCAAUACUUUGAUGAGAGCGCUCAGGCCAUUUCCUGGAUCUCUUCCACCGGCCUGGCAGCUCAGCAGUUCUUCAGUCCUCUGGGUGCAGCGCUGUGUAAUGCAUAUGACACCCGGUGGGUGGUGAUGACGGGGGGCUGCCUGGCUGCACUCGGACUCAUUCUUGCCUCGCAGGCCACCUGUCUGGUUCACCUCUACCUCACUAUGGGAGUCAUUUCAGGUCUGGGCUGGGGGCUGGUCUUCACUCCCAUGGUGGCGACAGUCAUGGCUAACUUCACCCGCCGGCGCACCCUGGCGUUGGGGCUGGCGUUCUCCAGCAUCGGCCUCUCCUCCUUCGCCUUCAACCCGCUCUUCCAGCUGCUGGUGGAGCUGUACACCUGGCGGGGGGCCCUCCUGAUCCUGGGGGGCCUCAGCCUCAACAUUGUGCCCUGUGGGGCUCUCAUCGGCCCACAGAGGCGCUCUAAAGCCCCAGCAAAGGUGGUUUCAGAGAGCGGAGUAUCCUGUGCUUCCUUCCUGCAGAGAGCCUCCUCCUACCUGGAGCUGCCACUGCUGUUCGAGCGGCCGUACAUCACCUACACGUUGGCCAUCAGUCUUCUUAACGUGGGCUACUUCGUGCCGUAUUUCCACCUGGUGGCCCACAGCCGCCAAGUGGGCUUCUCGGAGUACCAGGCUGCCUUCGUCAUGUCUGCCGCCGGUGCUACGGACAUUCUGGGUCGCAUAGCGUCGGGCUGGUUCUCAGACCUGGGUCACUUCCGGCUGAUCCACCUGCUGAGUGUGUGGACCACCCUGGCCGGGGUCUUCAUCAUGCUGCUGCCCGUGAGCUCCUUGUCCGGAUCGUACGCCGCUCUGAUGGUGAUCAGCCUGCUCUACGGCUUCUGCUCCGGGGCGCUGACCUCCCUGGUGUUCGCGGUGGUGCCUAUGAUUGUGGGCGUGGAGCGCAUGAUGGGGGCCCUCGGGCUGCUGCAGCUGAUCGAGAGCGGCGCGGGACUGCUGGGGGCCCCACUGUCAGGGUUACUGAAGGACAUCACCGGGGACUACACGGCGUCCUUCAUGGUUUGCGGAGGUUUCGUUGUUCUCGGUACUCUGACCAUGGUUACCCUGCCUCACUAUUUCUCCCGUAAGGAUCCCCCGCCCCCCAAAAGCCUCUCACCUGAGGACCCAGAUAAGGGUUUACAUGCAGAGCUGGAACAGAUGCAUAGUUCACCUUCAGACAUGAAUGAUCUGACAGGGGAAGUAACCAAUAACCGCCUUCCUGAAGACACAUAUAGUUAAUAUGCUACCUAAAAAAGCCGCCAAAUGGCUAUGUGUUUAUACCUCAAAGAUUCAAACCCAAAGAAGAAAGAGGCUUACUGUGAAACUCCGACAGCUGGAGGCCAGUGUUCCCGACUCUGUUACACAUCCUAACCUCAGUUUAAUAUGUAGGCCAGCAACGUCUGCCUAUAAUAAACAUUAGGCAUUUCAGCCAUUUAUUUUGCAAUGUACCGAUGUGUUGCUUUAUAUGCACAGUAGAUGGCAUGCACGAUAGGAAAUGUGUAGGAAAAUGUGAAAUAUAUGAUUUUAUUGUUUCUCUAUACUUCACAAAGGAACUUAGAAUCAGUUGUUUGUGUGUAUCUGAAUGUAACAUGCUGAAUCACUGACCAGCAUAUUUCAAUUUUGCACUUGCAUGAUUUAUCUCACUAUUGUUAUUUAAAAUGUUAUUUUAAUGAGGCACGGAUGACAGAGCACCAAAGAUAUGGUUCAUCAGAAUGGCUGGAUUAUUUCACCGCGUCACUCCUGCUGUCUGUAUUGUGUGUGUACAUCUCCAAAAAACACAAAGUACACACUGCAAAUACACAUCGACGUUUAUUAGUGCCUCGGGAGUCCUUUAGCCUUUCUGUUAAUAUUGUGCAUAUUUUUAUAACAUUCCAAAAUCUCAAUGUGUUAGUUGUUACACUCCUGUGUAAUUGAUGGAUAAAGAUGAAUGAUUAUAAGAAAGUGAA